AAUUUGUCACCCCACAUGGUCUCCACCUCAUUGCCGUCUGAAACUCUUAUAUUCAGCACCACGCACUCAUUCUCAUCUCUCUAUCUAUCUCUUCUUUCUCUCACUCUUUCUCUAUCUGUUCCUUUCCCCGAGUCACUCACUCGUUUUUCUACCGAUUCUCACCGAGUCCGAUUUCUUCUAGAAUCAUCGCUAGUUCCGACUAUGUCUUCCGCCUCCUCCGCCGCUGUUUCCGGCGAAUUUAUGCUGUUCGGAGUUAGAGUUGUGGUUGAUUCCAUGAGGAAGAGUGUUAGCAUGAACAAUCUCUCACAGUAUGAACAACCUCACGACAAUAACAAAAACAGUAUCAAGGAUGAUAACAACAAAGAAGUUCUCGCCGCCGGUUAUGCCUCCGCUGAUGACGCCGUUCCGAAUAACUCCGGCAGGAACCGCGACCGCGAGCGGAAACGAGGAAUUCCUUGGACGGAGGAAGAGCACAAGCUGUUCUUGGUUGGAUUGCAGAAAGUAGGGAAAGGUGAUUGGAGAGGAAUCUCUAGGAACUACGUGAAAACGCGAACGCCUACGCAGGUUGCAAGCCAUGCUCAGAAGUAUUUUCUCCGGCGAAGUAACCUCAAUCGCCGUCGCCGUAGAUCUAGUCUCUUUGAUAUCACCACCGAUUCGGUCUCUGCAAUUCCAAUGGAGGAAGAACAUGUCAAGACUCAAGACAGUGUUUCACAAGUACAGCCCAUGUGCGCUGCAGCACCUGAAACUAGAAAAAGCAAUGGAUUUCCUUUUAUGUCAGUAUAUCAUUUGGGUGUUGAUGAGAGUCCAAUGGAAGAACUCACUCUAGGACAAGGAAAUGCGAAACAAAAUUUCCCAACCAAUCUAUUCCAUCCAAUUCCUUUUGUUGUUUCAGAUCCUAAAGCUUCCACUGUGUCUGAUAUCACCUCUAGUUCAAGUUCAUCCAUUGAACCUCCAACACUUUCACUUGGGUUGUCCUUCUCAUCUGAUCAAAGGAAGACAUCAUCAUCAACACACUCACCUUUACAUGCAAUGCCAUGUUUCAACAAUGGAGAUAACAUCAUAAGCGUUGCUUAAAAAAUGGCUUAUAAUGAUGAUUAUAGUCCCCAUCAGAUCUUGAGCAUCUUGGAUUCAAAGAUUACAGAUAUAUUAUAAUCUAUAGUCUCCUAACUCCUGUCUUUUUGAUGGGAGAAGAGAAAGGGCGAUGGAUUCAGAGAAAGCAAGCUUAGGUGACUAAAGUUGAUGCUUGUGUUCCUUGUACAGUAGUAAUUAUGUUAUUGUUUUGUUUAUGUUAAAAUGUCAUGACUUUAGAUUCUUGUUUAUUUUGGUCGUUUAUGUUUGUAGUUGAUGUAACCAAAAAUAACAAAGUAGUGUAUGUUCGUUCAUUGCUGAUAA